UCCCAGACUUCUGGCAAAGAUUUUCUUUUUCUUGGGAGUUUUAGUUGCUGUGCUGCCAACGUCGUGUUCCACCAUCAUCCUGUUCCAGAAUUCAUACCUUGGCUGCCUUGAGGGCAGGGCCAGGAAAGAACCAAGGAAAACAACAAGGUUUGCCUCUACACUGUCUGGCUGGAAUGAUCUCUUUUUGCCACCUUUUAAACAGGAUGAUAGUUUGGGAGAACGAUGCCUACCGUACAACUCUAUGACUGGGACUUUCCUGAGUCAAACCUGGGAGUAUAAAGAGGAAAUAAAAAUGAGCAACUCCAGUGCACACAGGUCCAGGUCAAGACCUCGUCCACGUUCCCUUAGUCGAAGCAGUGAAAGGUCCAGUCACAGAAGAACCCGAAGUCGAUCUCGGGACAGAGAGCGGCGUAAAGGCAGAGAUAAAGAGAAAAGAGAAAAGGAGAAGGACAAAGUCAAGGACAAAGAAUUGCACAACAUCAAGCGUGGGUAAGUUGAAGCAGAUCUUAUGCAGUGAUGACUGAUUCCAUGGCAAUAUUCAAACUAUAGCUAUCUAUGUAGAUAGAUAGAUAUAUAGAUACAUCUGGGGUAUAGAUACACCCCAGAUGGUACUGGGGUUUGAAUUCAAGGCUUUGUGCUUGCUAGGCAGGUAA